GCACAGCUGGCCUCUCCCCUACAACUCUGGCUCCCACUCCGGGCUGCGAUCUGCCACUGACCCAUCAUGGUGUCGUUCUGGCCUUGGAAGGGCAGCGAGGAUGCCGCGUCCUUUGAGAGAACACUCAACGCCCUUACUGGCAAGAUCAACAGAGCAGCUGCGCGAAAUGACAGCCAGAAACAGCUGGCGCGGCGUGCGCGUGUCAUGUGGACGCUUUACGCAGGCUUUGCCUAUAUUCUCAUCGCCGUGAUCCUCACCUUUGUCACUGGUUGGCAGAAUUGGGGUCCUACUGAGGGGUCCGUCGUCGCUGGCGGCCCCGUCCUGAUAUACGGUUUACGCUACGCGCUGAUGAGCUACUUUGAUUAUCGCAUUCGCAACACGGAGAACUACCUCGAGAAACUCGCCAAGGAGCGCGACGCCACCAUUGAGCGGCUGAAGGAGGCUACAAAGUACAACUCGACCCAACAGCUGCUGGAGAAGUAUGGCGCAUCGCCUAAGCCCAAGGAGCCAGCCCAGGACGACGAUUCCCCUGCCCGCAGCAGGUCGCGAGGGCCACAGCAGCCAGUACCGCCACAAGGUCCACGCACUGGCAUGGCUCCACCUCCUACUGCCAACAUUCAACGACCGCAGACUCCCCAGGUUCCGCCAACCCCGCAACAGGUGCCCUCGAUUGUCGAAUCUCCGCCUCCACAGCUGCCUCUUCUGAAUGCUCCUGGUGCGGAAUUUGCACCCAAUGCUUUCGACGCCAAUGUGCCCAGGCAGCAGCCGGAGACGGCACCUGCUACCGUUCCCGAGACCCACUGGUACGACCGCAUCCUCGACGCUCUGCUUGGCGAGGACGAAACACAGGCUAGGAACCGAUUCGCCUUGAUCUGCACAGAGUGCCGACUUGUCAACGGACAAGCCCCGCCAGGCGCACGAACACUUGAAGACGUUGGCCGAUGGCGAUGCGGUGGCUGCAGUGCAUGGAACGGCAAGGAAAAGCCUCGCGAAGACGACAUCACGCGUCUAGUACAGGGCUGGGAGGCAGAGCGCAGAGCCAAAAACCAAGUCCGUCCACAGAGCACAGAUGGAGGCAUCGACUCGGACAAUAGGGAGACUGAGGACAAUAGUAGCAUUGUAGCCGGCGCCGAUGAAAGCUCAGGCGUGGAUGUGGCAGCCGACAGUGCAGAGGAUAUGCCGCCACCGAGUAGGAACACCAGAAGCAAGACUAGAGGCAGGACCAAGAAGUGAUAUUCUUAGCCUGCUUCAUGUCUCUCUUUACCUGAUGCUUUCAAAAAGUGGAUUCAUUACUUGUAACAAGAGGUGCCUCUUUUUUUUCUCUCAUUCGGUUUGUUUCAUUGUCCAUCUUAAACCCCCUACGCAUAUGUUUUAAACACUGUCAUAUUUUACA